GUGCGCGCUGUGCUGCUUUCUGACAGCCGGGGACAAGGAUAGAGGACGGGAGAGGAGCCUGAGUGCAGGUAGCUCUCACAGCAACAGCUUAAAGUGUACACCAGUUGACCUGCCGAUAGAGAAAGAAAGAUAGAUUAAGAAUAGCAAUACCUAAGGGCUCCGAAUUGUGCCGUCCCGCAACUAUUCCACUCGAGAGAGAAAAAAACAUCAUGAUGUCCCAAAUGAAAAGUACCACAGUGAGCCAUGUCCAAAGCCACACCAUGACCCAGGUAGAAGAAACGAUGCAUUACAACCACAACUAUGAGAGCGAGAUGGAAGAGUACAUGAUGCAGGAAGAAGAUUGGGAUAGAGACCUCCUGCUGGACCCUGCCUGGGAGAAGCAGCAGAGAAAGACUUUUACUGCUUGGUGCAAUUCACAUUUGCGGAAAGCUGGCACACAAAUUGAAAACAUUGAAGAUGACUUCAGAAAUGGACUCAAGCUUAUGCUGCUUUUGGAAGUUAUUUCAGGUGAGCGACUUCCAAAGCCAGAUCAAGGCAAGAUGCGAUUCCAUAAAAUUGCAAAUGUUAACAAAGCAUUGGAUUACAUUUCCAGCAAAGGAGUAAAGCUUGUAUCAAUUGGUGCUGAAGAAAUAGUGGAUGGGAAUGUGAAGAUGACUUUAGGUAUGAUUUGGACAAUCAUCCUCCGUUUUGCAAUUCAUGACAUAUCUGUGGAGGAAACCUCCGCUAAAGAAGGUUUGCUGCUGUGGUGCCAGAGAAAGACUGCUCCCUAUAAGAAUGUAAACGUGCAGAACUUCCAUACAAGCUGGAAAGAUGGCCUUGCACUCUGCGCGCUCAUCCACAGACAUCGUCCUGACCUUAUUGACUACUCCAAGCUCCGAAAGGAUGAUGCCCUUUACAACCUGAAUCUUGCUUUGGACAUUGCAGAAAAAGAACUGGAUAUUCCCAAGAUGCUGGAUGCAGAAGAUAUUGUGAAUACACCCAAACCUGAUCAGAGGGCUCUUAUGACGUACGUUUCGUGUUUCUAUCAUGCUUUUGCUGGAGCAGAGCAGGCUGAGAUGGCAGCCAACAGGAUUUGCAAGAUCCUGGCAGUGAAUCAAGAGAAUGAAAAGGCAAUGGCAGAGUAUGAGAGGCUGGCCAGUGAGUUGCUGCAAUGGAUUAAGAAGACUAUCCCUUGGUUGGAAAAUCGAUCUUCUGAGAAGACUAUGCAAGCAAUGCAGCAGAAAUUGGAAGAUUUCCGAGACUACCGUCGUUUGCACAAGCCUCCCAAAAUUCAGGAGAAGUGUCAGUUGGAAAUCAACUUCAACACUUUGCAGACCAAGCUGAGAAUCAGCAACAGACCAGCCUUCAUGCCCUCUGAGGGAAAAAUGGUUUCAGACAUUGCAGGUGCUUGGCAACGCCUUGAACAGGCAGAAAAGGGAUAUGAAGAAUGGCUUCAGACAGAAAUAAGACGAUUGGAGCGAUUGGAUCAUCUGGCUGAAAAAUUCAGACAGAAAGCCACAACUUAUGAAAUGUGGUCACAAGGGAAAGACUAUACUUUGAUGCAGAAAGAUUAUGAAUCUGCCUCCUUGACUGAAGUGCGGGCUUUACUGAGAAAACAUGAGGCAUUUGAGAGUGACCUGGCUGCACACCAGGACCGAGUGGAGCAGAUUGCUGCCAUCGCGCAGGAACUGAAUGAAUUGGACUAUCACAAUGCUGCUGAAAUAAAUGCAAGGUGCCAGAAAAUCUGUGAUCAGUGGGACAAUUUUGGAACACUCACACAGAAACGAAGAGAGGCUUUAGAGAGAGCCGAGAAAUUACAGGAAACCAUCGAUCAGCUCUUCUUGGAGUUUGCUAAAAGAGCUGCCCCAUUUAAAAACUGGAUGGAAGGAGCAAUGGAAGAUCUUCAAGACAUGUUUAUUGUUCACAGUAUUGAAGAAAUCCAGAGUCUGAUAGCAGCACAUGAACAGUUUAAAGCUACCUUACCAGAAGCAGACAGCGAGAAACAAGCCAUCCUGGGAAUCCUUAAUGAAGUACAGAAGAUUACUCAAUCCUAUAGCAUCUCAUCCACUGUGUCAAAUCCUUAUAGCAUGAUAUCAUGUCACGAGAUCAAUGCCAAAUGGGACAAGGUGAAGCAAUUGGUUCCUCAGAGAGAUGCAGCCCUGCAAGAGGAGCUUGUACGGCAACAUGGUAGUGAACGUCUGCGUCGUCAGUUUGCCAGCCAGGCAAAUGUCAUUGGACCUUGGAUCCAGCGUAAAAUGGAGGAAAUAGCUCAAAGUUCUAUUGAAAUGACUGGAACCCUGGAAGAUCAGAUGAAUCAAUUGAAACAGUUGGAGGAGGUCAUCAUUAACUACAAACCCAAUGUUGACAAACUGGAAGGAGAUCACCAACUUAUUCAAGAGGCCCUAAUCUUUGAUAACAAGCACACCAAUUAUACGAUGGAGCAUAUCCGUGUUGGCUGGGAGAUGCUUCUUACUACAAUUGCCAGAUCCAUGAAUGAAAUUGAGACCCAGAUUUUAACUAGAGAUGCUAAAGGAAUCACCCAACAACAGAUGAAUGAAUUCAGAUCUUCAUUCAGCCAUUUUGAUAGGAAGAAGAAUGGGGCGAUGGAGCCAGAUGAUCUCAGAGCUUGCCUCAUCUCCAUGGGCUUUGAUUUGGGUGAAGCUGAGUUUGCUCGGAUCAUGAAUUUAGUUGAUCCAAACAAUACUGGCCUGGUGUCGUUCCAGUCUUUCAUCUCCUUCAUGACCCGAGAGACCGCUGAAACAGAUACAGCGGACCAAGUUGUGGCUUCCUUUAGGAUACUGGCUGGAGAUAAACCUUACGUUCUAGCUGAAGAAUUGCGCCGAGAGCUGCCUUCCGAUCAGGCUGAAUACUGCAUUGCCAGCAUGCCACCAUACAGGGGGCCCAAUGCUGUCCCAGGAGCUCUGGAUUAUGUCUCAUUUUCAACUGCUCUCUAUGGUGAAAGUGACCUGUGAAAAAUGGUGCAGACUCAAUUCACUCUUUCCAAAGCCUGGAUAUUUUAGAGAUUAAAAGUGUAGAACAAUAAAUAAUAGCCUUGAAUGCAAUGUUAGAUGCGGAUCUUUAAAAAUGAUGCAGAGCUGUGUGUGGCACCAGGAAAAGAUGAUGUAAGUACCAUCUCCUUGUAUGAAUUACAUUUUAAUACAGAAAUUUUUAAAAAAUCCAUCAGGAAUUGGUACUGAAAAUAUGUCACUGCAAAAUCUGAUAAAUAACCCAUUUUGUUUUAUAAUCUGCACAAUUACUAUUGCUUGGUUGAACAUUGACUUUGUACGCAAGUUACUGACAGGAUCUUUUGUGAGCAGUUUGUAGAUCCUAUUACAGUAUUUGUAAGGAAAAGCUCAAGCAUUCCUGAGUUACCAAAGAAAAUGCCACAGGAAUAUGCAGAAUCAAAAGAUACCAUUGUGGGCCAAUUCAAAAUAUAAAAAGAAACAUACAGCUCUUUAGAUCUCUGGCCACCAUACCAGGUUUCUCUACCUGGUUUGUAUUUGAAAUGCAAAUCACCUGCAUGAGAUCAUGUAAAGUCUACUCACCACCAUGUGUGUAAAGUAAUUAAAUUUAAACUGUCAGAGCUUAAGUCCUUACUCCUUUUAGUCAUGUUUAGUAAUCAUUAAUAAAAUUACCACUUUCAACUUACUGAUAACUUUUUAAGCUUCUGAAUACGUCUAAUAUAAAUUGAUAAAUUGUCAUUGGAGUGGUCUUUGUCAUGUAACAGUACAAAAAGGAAGAUAAAAGCAAUUCAACAAACACAGGCUUGAUACAUUUUCCUUUAUGAAGCUAUUGUAAAAUAUAACAAUUGACAUUUUUACCACUGCUGAUGUUUGAAAUAUUAUUAAA